AUGGAGACCGGUUUCAAAGGCAGUCAUUUUACUUGGUGGAAUGGUAGAGGAGGCUCAGACGGCAUCUUUGAGAGGUUGGAUAGAGUUUUCAUUAAUCAACAAUUUCAGCAAUGGUUUGCACAGGUAGAAGUUGAACAUCUCACAAGGACAGGUUCAGACCAUGCUUCUUUGUUCAUUACUUUGGAAGAACAAAGUCAGGCAUAUAUUAGACAAUUCAGAUUUCUGAAGUUUUGGACUGAGCAUCAAGCAUGGAGCAAAGAAGUUUAUGGAGAUAUUUUCAAGCAGCUGAUUAUUAGAGAAGAAAUUGUGAGGAUCAAAGAAAAACUAUUUGAAGAGGAUCCUUCUUGCAACAGAACGGUGCUACAACAAGCACAGGCUGAACUAAAGAAGUAUUUGCAUUUUGAAGAAGAAAUCUGGAGACAGAAGGCUAAUGUAGAAGAUGCUACUCAAGUGGCUGUGGAGGCUGAAGAAUUUUUCAAAAAACAGUUUUCUCAGGAGCAAGAAGCUACAGAUUUUAGUUUACUUAACCAUGUUCCUUCAUUGGUGACUGUUGGUAAUUUGGCAACACUUCCUAAUGAAAGUUGUAGAUCUUUGAAAUGCCUUUCCAACAGUAGGUCGCCCAGCUCCAAUGGAGCUCUGUGCUAG